CCAAACGUGGCGAAUUUAAAUUUCUGCCACCAUCAGGAAUGGAAAUAGAACAUCACAUUUCAAUUAUCAAAAACUCUGCCAUUUGAGUGAAGGAGCUUUCAGCGUACUUUAGCAAUCGGGAAAUUCUUUAUUACACAGAUAAUCAGAGACUGGCUCCUUUUAUAUGCUGAGAGAGGCCCACCUGGACAAGAUUCAUUUCAGUAUGGCCAUAAGGAUAAUGUUUCACAAUAUUAUAAAUAUGAGACGGGGUUAUUCGUAUUAAAUUGUUUGGAAAAAAUCGCAUCAAAUGCUUGUUUAAUCAAAAAUUAUCUCAUGAAUAUGAAGCUCAAAGAGCGAGUUCUGCUAACUGUGUUGGUAAGUGUGUGUGUUUUGAUGAUGCUGAGAAUGAAAUUGUCUAAAAAUCGACAGUACACGGCCAAUGGCGAACAAGAAUACGAUAUUCUUGACAAACUAGAGCCGAUAGAUCAGAAAGAUAAGACGUCUAAUCUCGCUAAUGCUCAUUUGCUGAAGAAAAGGGAAACACCGUUUGAAGAAUAUCAUGGCAACAAUUUGGUUGAUAAUAGUGAUAAUACUAAAGAAAGUUUUAAGAAGAAUGCAAAAUACAUAAAAGAAAAAAUCAAUGCUGAAGAUAAAGCUAUAAGAGAAAAAGAAACAAACGUCAUAGAUGGUAUGGAUCCAUGGGAUGUUUGGUGGACAAUGGUGACAGAAAGGCACCUAACAAGUUCACAAAAUAAAGCCGCUGUCAAAAGAAUUCUUCAAGGGCUUGCUACAAGACAAAUUCUAGAAGCCAAGACAUUACGAAAAGGAACUCAGUUAAAAGUUUCACUCUUGUUAGAUGGCACAACUCAGCAGAAGGUCGUUUUCAAGCCAAUGAGAUACCCAAGGGACUUUAUUAUCACUGGAAAAAUUUAUGAUGGUUUUGAUCGACACAAUGCAGAAAUUGCAGCAUUCCAUUUAGAUAGGAUUUUAGGUUUCUUUCGUGCCCCACCAGUAGUUGGACGUAAACUUGAUUUAGAGAAGGAAGUUAAGCCAGUUGGAGAAGAAGCACUUCUGAAAACGUUUUUCAAAAAUGAGGAUGGUGAUGAUUGUUUUUAUGGAGUGUGCUAUUAUUGUAAAAAGUCAGAAGCAGCUUGUGCAAAAGGAAAAAUAAUGGAAGGUUCAGUUACGAUAUGGUUACCUGAUGGUUGGCAUCUAGCUAAGUCAAGGCACCCAUGGCAAAGGACAUACAAUAAUAGAAAAGCAAGAUGGGAAUUGGAUCCAAAUUAUUGCAGCGAUGUGGUGUCCGUUUCACCCUACAACGAAGGUCCAAGGAUGCUUGACAUAAUUGACACAUCAAUUUUUGACUUUUUAAUUGGAAAUGGUGACAGGCAUCAUUACGAGACAUUUAAGAAAGGUGGACCUCGUGGAAUGCUCCUUCAUCUUGACAAUGCUAAAAGCUUCGGAAAUCCUGCCAUUGACGAUUUGUCGAUAUUAUCUCCACUUACACAGUGCUGCAGGAUAAGAAAGAGUACAUAUGACAGACUGUCGAAAAUUCCAAUGGAGGAACCAGAGUCAGAACGUCUUAGCUUUCAACUACGCCAAUCACUUUUGUCAGACCCAAUCUCUCCAGUUCUGACAGAAUCACAUUUACAAGCUUUAGACAGAAGGCUUAAGACUGCAAUGAAAAAUAUUGAAAAGUGCAUUGAUAAACACGGGAAAACGAAAGCGGUUAUUGAUGAUGGUCUCUAAAUAGAACGAAGAAUACAGCUUCAAGCAGAUUUACAAAACCAAAUCACUUUGGUUCAACCAUGAAAUGGUCAUUAUUUCCACCCUUCAGAAAACAUUUUUGCAAACAGAUGGUGGCUGAGGUUGCAAAAGUUAUAAAAAACAACACCUACUACCCCAGUGGCACAAACCUAGCAAUGAAGUCUUCCAAAAUAGCAUUACCGAUCUACCAAACGUCUUUGAUAAGUGAAUUUUGCAUACGUAGGUUUUGUACACACAUAAAUAAUGCUGCUAAGUAUUUUAAAGUAAACAAUAAUCGAUGUGUUUUAAUAGAAAAAUUUAUAAAUUAUAUUGCUAUUUCAGCAUUCCUUCAAUAAAUCUUGUAAAAGAAUUUAUUCUAUGUUAUAAAAGAAUUUUAAAGACUUUUUACAAAGUGUUUUACAAAUCGCUUGAAGAUUUCAAUAAUUGUCCAUUUUCUACCUAAACACAGCCUAAACACCGCGAAAUAGUAUUCUUAUGGCUGCACUAGGAGAUCUUCUUGUCUUUAGUUAUUAUUUAUAUAUUUAUACUUUGUUGCUCAUACCGGGUGUCGUUGAAGUACGUUUAUACGAAGUCUCAUGGACGAAAAGUACUCAUGUAUGUAUGUUUCCGCUUUUACGUGUUUUUAUCGAAUUCUGUAAUAUUAAAUGCUUAGAGUAGAAAACCUUCAAAAAUAAAAGCAAAGGACUAAAAUUUCUUAUCAAAACUUACAUACUAAAGCAAUGCACGCUGAGGUUCAAUAUAAAACGUAUAUGAAUCUUAUUUCUAUCUAAUUGAGUUUUUCAUUAAAAUUAUUUAUCUUGUUUUUCUUAAAAUGUUUCACAACUGAUCUAAAACCCAACAAUUUUCAAAUUUUUAUGGGGCUUCCACUGUUUAUUCACUAUCUAGAACAAACUUCAGUUUCCAGAUAGCGAAUGCCAAACUGUAGUUGGCUUGUUUGUCGCCAGGUCGCACACAGUUACGAUAAGAUGGGGAUUGCAAGACUGUUGAUUGCAAGCUAGGACCACAAUGACCUAAAGCGAUAUGUGUGCUUUGGAUUGCUUCCAAGACAUAAAGAGCACUUUGCAAAAUGGGCGGUAUAUCGAUGAUAUGCAGUGACAUAUUACCGUAAAUCAGUAAAUUAACUCCACUGGGGGGCUCGCCUAUUUGAAAUGGAUAGGGGAUUAUUAUUCGGAUGGGGGCUUGCCUGUGUUAAUCGUGGCUUUCAUGGGUUUGAGGCUCUGAUAUGAGUAUUUCUUGAUCAUGAAGAGAAAACAAAGUUACCCAGGAAUAUCAUUGUUGGGACCCAGCAAAGUCCAACCAGCAAAGAGCUAUUUUGCUCAAAUUAUUCACUAGGAUAAUUUUCAUCUUUGUAUCGCCCAUAUUUAUGAAAUAUUAUUAAAGGGCUGCUGCAAGCAAACUCAUGCAAGUAUUUAGGGAGCGUCAAAAAGUGAUAUCUUUAGCUCUCGAACCAAAAGGCACCAUAUCACAGCACAUUGCAAAAUUGUGGAUAUAGAGAAAAACCAAACAAAGUUUAGUAGCAGUGGCGUCCAGAAAUAAAUUUGGUUCUGUCAGUAUAAAAAGGGACAAGUUCCCAGCAUAUUGCUUUUUCUCUUCCCAGAAAUGAGCGCCUUCUUUUGAAAAUCACUCUUUUGAGAAUAGUUUCUAGCCUUGAUUUAGAGAAGAUGUUGGAAGAUGGGCAGAAUUCUUUCGUAGGAGGUCUACUUGGCUUUCCUUUGCCUACCACAUCUACGAUGUCUGAGCCAUGACAUCGAACUGUUUGAUAGAUAGAUCACGUGUUUAAAUGAUAGUAUGCGUAGUUUGAGUUGGCUUUAGAUAGAUUAGAUACAUUACGUAUCUAGAAGAGGCAUUUUUUUCGGACUUAUCUAUUGUCGAUAACUAUAACUUCCCUAAAAAUUUUCCAUGAAUAAAUUUUUCUCGAUUUCUAGCCAUUCAACUUGUGCUGGCAGUACAAGUGGCUUCUUCUGUGUCAUAUACUUCGCUGCAUCAUGCCCUUUAAUCGAGGCUUCAAGCAAUUCCCUCUUUUUCUUUGUUUUCGAGUACGAGCUUUGUAUUCAUCCCGAGCCCAUCAUUACGAUCUCUCUAACCCAUAGAGAUCUCUAACCUUAUAUCCGUAAUUCUUUGCUGGUAUGUUUUGUUAUGGAAUGUUAUGUUAGGUUACUGAACAUUUAAAGACAAUGUAUCGCCAUAUUUGGUACUGUUUGUAUAUGGGACAUGUGUGGGAUACACUGAGGAGGAGAAAAGAAGGUUGGAUACGAAUUUGCUUGUGAUUGACGUAUAUAAUUCUAAUUUCAUUUUAUCCAUAUGCAUCACACUGCUGUCAUGGCCUUCGGAUCACACUACAAAUCCACAAGAAAAAAACACAAAAGGCCUUGGAGGUGAUUAUUGUUGUUCUUCUCUAACUUUUCUUCGGAUGCAACUGAGACGCUGCUCUGGCUUGUUUGCGCUGUUCUGGCUUGUUUAAAGUUUAUCACUGACCUUUUUCCUGUUGAGAUCCAUGGUUUUCUUCUUUUUCGUUAAGGUGCUUCCAAAAUUAGCGCAUUUGUAAGACAAAUUUCAUUUAAAAUUAAAUGUACUAUCCUCACAAGUCGAUUUGUAUGCUUUUAUAAUUGUUUGAGCUGAAACUUGCAACUAUUGGUUACUGAUCUUGACAUUCUUUGCAAAAGCAUGGGAUAGAAGGAUUUUUUGCUAGAUAGGCUUAUUCUCCUUAAUCAAAUAAUCAAACAGCUAGUGAUAUCGACCAUACAUAGUAAAAAGGCAGCGAAUAAGCAUGGAAGACAGUUUCCUUUUAGCUAUGGCAAUUCUUACCACUUGGUAAGAGUUUAAUAAGUCAAUUUUCCGAUUCCCUUGCCUGUUACUAUGGUAAACAUCUUCCGUUCCUGUUCGAAAAUGUAAAAAAUAUCGAUGAAUAUUUGUAGACCUAUCAAUGUAUUCUAUACAAUAUGGCUAAAAGUUAUUGGUUGGAGACCGUAUAGAAGUUUCUUCACAGAGCAGCAUCGCGUGGGUUUUGAUUAUUGGUCACACCUCAUUGAUAAACACAAAAUGGAUUGAUUAUAACGAUCAUCAGAAUCAUUGCUUGGUACAUUAGUGAAUUUUUGGUAAUUCCGUUUAAAAUAAUCGGGGUAUGACGCAAAUACAGGUUGCUCUCGUGAUUGCAAGAAACGAAUUCUGCCCUCAUGCUUCUCAAUCUUGUGUGUAUCGAUAAUCGAAUGCUGAAUGAUGCACCAAUUAUCAGUAUCAAAGAAUGGAUACCUUUAAUGGACAUCGUUAAUAUUUGAUAAUUGGCAACAACAUUUGGAACAGGGUGGUCAUUCUUUAUGAUACAAAAAACAGAGGAGCAAUACUUGAAAGGUAUUUACAACGCCUUCAAUGCAGGACAGAGAUAUCUAUAUAGCUAAUGGGAAGACCUUGAAAUCCGUAGAGCUAAUGGGAAGUCUAACAAAAAAGCCAAGACAAGCAUAUCACUCGAAGCAAAAGCUGAAGAAGAACUUUUCAACUAGCUUAAGCCAUCAACUAUCAAACCGAUCGCCAAUUUAUGAAAUUUCGGUUUGAAUCACAGAUGGGCGGCUAUCCGGACGCCUCUGAGAGUAGUGUAGUAAACAGCUCGUGCCAUUCGACCUGCCAUUAUGGACUAACAAGAAAUGACCAAACAGUAACAGUUUCUUUGGCGUGUUUAUUUCUGACAAUUGGCAUCGCGGGGUUUUUAAGCAAUCUCCUGAUCGACUACGUUAUAUGGAAAUU